AUGGGAGAUAGAGAAGUCCUAGAGAAGCGAAAGCAAGAAGCGGACCGCCUUCACAAACGUAUUGUACAAGCAAGCACGGGCAUCGAUACUCGCACGGCCGUCGAGUCGAUCGGCAUCGAUACUCGCGCGACUCGCGCGGCCGUCGAGUCGAUCAGACGAGGCACGGGUAAUAUGUUCAGGGCGUCGAUAAGAGCCGAACAUAAUCCUGCGUCGAUAUGUGUGAAGCUUGAUUCUCGGGGGAGCGAUGGAUUACCAAACACGUGUGAGUCGCGUCUAAAAGCGGCUGUGCUACGGAGAGAUAGGAACAAGCAAGUGGGUGCGACAGCAGUGGGACAGGGCGGAGUCGGGAAGACAUGUGCUCUACGAGCGAUCGCGCACGAUGUUGAGAUUAUGGCAGAGUUCUCGGGAGGAGUGUACUUCAUGUCGUUGGGGAAAGAUGGAAACGUGGGACGGCUGAUUGAAGAACUGUGUCUGAUUGUGGAAGCGUCCGGUGGGAACCAGACGGCUGUGGAAAUGCGAGAGCAGAGCGAGUUUGAAAGGGUGUUAGCGAAGGUACAAGCGUGGUUUUGUAGUCAUGUGUGCCUGUUCAUCAUUGAUGAUGUGUGGGUGGUGAAUGAUAUAGACGCGAAUAUCCUUCAAAAGUUGUCUGUUCUGGCUGAGACUGCGGGGGGCAGCGGGGGAAGGAGGAGCAGACUACUGUACUCCACGAGGGAUAAGGAGCUGCGUCAGAUUGGGGAGCGGGUUGCUUUCGAGCCUAGGGAGAAGGUAGGGAAAGAAGCAGUUGAGAUGCUUGUGCACGCGAGUGAGGCAAAUGGAGAGGAAGUGGAUGAUGCGAGAUGCAAGGAAGCCGUGGGUGAAAUACUGAAAAUGUGUGGCGGAUUGCCGCUUGCGCUGAACGUGGCGGGAACGAGCGUGAGGUACAUGAGGGAAAGAUGGGAGGGAGAAGUAACAGAAGCAUGGGGGGCGUACCUUUCGAGGAUGAAGAGUCGUAACACGAUUCGCGGGGAGAGUCCGAAGGACGGAUAUUCGUCGUUGGAUGGGACAUUGCAUACGUCUCUAGAUAUCCUGGAGGCCGAUGUGGGAAGGAGUGGGGAGACAGUUGGUGAAUUUUCGUUUCGAAAAAUGCACCGGAGUCUGUGCGUUAUGAAGAAGCAAGACCGGAUACCUUUGGGUUUGGUUGGAGAUUUGUGGGAGAUGGACGAGGAGCGGACGGAAAGGUGUGCAAAGGAGAUGGAAAGGGUUGGACUAGUAGAAGUGCAGUAUGAGAAGGAUUGUGGUGGGUUGCGGGUGCAUGAUCUGACGCACGAUUUCGCGGUGGAAGAAGCGAAGAAGAAGGAGGGUGUAGAAGAGUGGUAUAAGAACAUGGCGCAUGUGUGCAGGGCAGGAGAAGGGUUGCUUGCGAUGAGUGAGGACCGAGACGGAGAGGGGAAGAGCGCACGGGAGGAGUAUGUUUUCGAGAAUAUAUAUCGUGUUUUGAAACAGGGUGGGUGUGUAGAGGAUCUGAAGAGGCUAUUUUUGAGUGCGCGAUGGGUGAAGACAGUGAUACGGAGAGGCGGGGUUUGGCAAUACGAGGAAGCUGUGAAGGGUUUGAGUAGAGACUUGAAGGGGAAAAGAGGAAGCGGGAAGGUGGGAAUGGGACGGGCAGAUAAGGAUGCAGUGGAUGGAAUGGUUUUGAUGAUGCGGGCGGCGCGACUGAGUGUACCGUUUUGUGGUGAAAACAGUGCCGGGAUUUACUUUCAACUAUAUGGGCGAGUGAAGCACAAGGCACGGGAUUCAAGUUGUGUGCGAAAAAUGCUGGAGGAAAUUGAGAGAUACGCACCACGGCCGUGGGUGCGGCCUGUGAGUGAGUGUGUAGCGCGAGCCGAUGGAAAGAUGGUGGAGCAGAUUGUUCUGCCAAAUUUCGGUACUAGAAUUCAAGUGGGCAUGGAUUCCAGUGGUGAAGUGUAUGGAUGUCAAGUGGAGCGGUUCGGGGCAAAAGUAACAGUUUUCACGCAAUCUGCUGAGAAGGAGACGAAGAUGGUUGAAUUAGAAGGCGAGUUCGAAACGGAGAGCCAGAGCCAGGGCCCAGGGGAUCUUGAAGCAAGCAGUCAAUUAGAAGGCGAGUUCGAAACGGAGAGCCAGAGCCAGGGCCCAGGGGAUCUUGAAGCAAGCAGGCGCAAAAUGUGUCGACGACAAGAGCCACCUGCGCAACUCUCUGUGAGAGGAAGGAGAAUGUUGUUGUGGGAUAUGAAGACGGGACGUUAA